GUCUAAUUAAUGUUUCAGCUGAUUCAGUCAGGCUCGCACAGCUCGCAGCUCGAGCUUCUUGAGUUUAAGUUUAAUAUUAAUAAGUGUUAUUUUUUUUUACUCGUCACGAACCUUGAGAUUCAUCAGAUUUAGAAGAUGGACUCCAUCAGUACAGCCCCUCGGGACCAGCUAUUGACAGAGCUCCAUCGCUGUGCAAGUCAAGGAGAAACGGCCCAUGUUUCGCGAAUGGUGCAAGGAAUGAGGAAACUUGGGCUGGAUAGUCGCAAUGAACAAGGGUGGACAGCGCUGAUGUUGGCCGCCAGGAACGGGCAUGUAGAUGUCGCCAAGAUCCUGUUACAAAAUGGGUGUGAUCCAUUUCUACCCAACAAAUCAGGUCAGAACUCUUUGGAUAUUGCUGAGUUCUGGGACCAUACUGAAGUCAUCAAUCUACUAAGGAAUGAUCCUCAGAUCAAAGAGGUUGCCAACAAGGACCUGGUCAACUUCUUUGGCCUCAACCCACUUGAUCGCCAGAGUCAUCAAAGAACCAACAAACAGUGGAUAAAGGAUGCCAUGCAAGCACCCACAACUACCUAUAUCCUGUACAGAGACUUGAAUCCAUAUAUCAUCCCUUCUGAGGACAGUAAUGGAACAUUCCAGUACAAUCUUGCUGCGUACUCCUUUAAAGAAAUCUCCUUUGCCUUGAAAGAGGAAGCUUCCAUUAUAUUCCUAGGGGUAGGUCCACUGCACCCUUCAAUGAACAAGGAUGGAGACAUGCAAGAGAAUAGCUCAGAAGGUGCCUGGUUUGCUGUGGAUGUUACCAGUAUUCCUUCAGAAGAUCUGCAGAAGAUCAAACCUGAAGCAGAGAUGUUACCCAAGAGGAAUCGCAUGGCUUUGAUGCUCCUGAGUCCAGUGGAUGCUGGUAUCAUCAGUCAGGGGAGGUCCAUGUUGGCAUGGCAUGACAGAUACAAGUUCUGCCCUACAUGCGGUGCAUCUACUACCAUGGCAGAGGCAGGAUAUAAACGAGUCUGCACAAAAGAAGGAUGUAGAAGUCUGAAAUGAGUUCAUAACACUUGCUACCCACGCUUAGACCCAGUGGUUAUUAUGCUUGUAGUUUCUGAGGAUGGGAAGAGCAUUUUAUUAGGGAGGAAGAAGGGCUUCCCAGGAAAGAUGUAUUCUUGCUUGGCAGGCUUCAUGGAACCAGGCGAGACCAUCGAGGAUGCUGUCAGACGUGAGACCAAAGAAGAGAGUGGGAUAAUCGUUGGUAAGGUACAGUAUCACUCCUCCCAACCAUGGCCGAUGCCUUCCCAGCUGAUGAUAGGAUGUAUCGCCAAGGCAACCACUUCCAAGAUCACGGUAGAUGAAGAUGAGCUGGUGGAUGCUCGUUGGUUUACCAGGCAUGAGGUGAUCGAGAUGCUUGGAUCAUCAGGAGACUUGGGUUCAACCAAAGGAGGGAUGUUUAUUCCACCGGGGUCAGCUAUAGCUCAUCAGUUGAUUAAACACUGGGCAAAGAUGUCUCCAAACCUCUGAUAGACUCUUCUCUUCCAUACCAGUAACAGGGAUGUAGUCCAGGCCGGUUCUUCCAAGUCACAAGGUAGAUUGAGUAAUCCUUCUCCCGUAGACUUUGUACAUGUGACUUGGCCUUAAGAUUGGCCUCAAGUACAUCCCUGACCAGUAACUGGGCAAAAUCAAGUUAAUGGGAUGAAAACUAGUGAUAUUCAGGUCAUGGAGAUAAUGAAAUUGCUAUGGGCAUUAAUCAGUGCAUCGUGACAGAUUGAGAUUCUAUCAAAUGGGUUCUAAAGUAAAAAUUACCAG